CGGGCAGGUGGGCCCAGGCAGUGGGGGUGGGAGGGGCUGAGGUUGGCUGCUCAGACCUCGGGGAGCCCAGGUCGGGGAGACUGCAGGAGGGCGAGCCCCUGGGGUUCCUGCCCUGCUGGGGCUCCCAAGGUCAAUGGGAUGGGGCUUCGAGCUUUGCCUGGAGAAUGUGGUGCACGUGUGUCCCCCGGGCGUCUGAGGCUUUGCUCUGCCUCUUCUCCCGCGUCUACCUUGUGCCUCACGUGCACCCUAGUGUGGGUUUGCGUGGGUGUGGCCCAUGCGUCUGUGGGUCCCUUCGAGUGUCUGUGCGUCCUCUGAGCACGUACCCACGUCUGUUUGUUUACCUGUGUGCCUACUUGGGCAUCUUUGUGUGUGUUUUUGUGAGUCUUUGUGUCCUGAGUGCCUCUGCGGAUGUGCCCCAUGUCUCCACACGUGUCCCUGGGUCGACUGCAGUGAAGAUGCAGAGAUAAGUCCUGGGGGACAGCCUGGGAUGCUGAGCCCUAGGGUAUUUGCCUGCUCUGUCCUCUCCUGAUUCGCCAGGUAUCCUAGCGACGCUGCUGCCAGUCGCCUAGCAACCAGGUCCCCAUCCUUGGAGACAGAUGCUCCAAGCAGGGGCUGGGCUGUGUGGGCAGAGCCCGGGCAGGAAGAACGACCCCUUGACUGGGUGGGGCCGGCAGUUCAGCUCAGGGUCACCCACGAGGCAUGUGCCCCCAGGGAUGGGCAGGAGGCAGCUCCAUGUUGUGCCGUGUGGGUGCUGGGGGCCCAGGCUGUGAGGCAGUGAUGUUCAGAUGUUGUUCAGGGACCCAUCCGCUGAAGCAGAGGCGCCCUUGCUGGGUCUUCAGGUGGCAGACAGACCUGGCUCUGAACGCUGUCUCUGCCCCUUUGACAGGUGGCCUCACGCUGCUGAGGUGCCCUUGUUGGCACGGAGGUGCUGCCGAGGCCCACAGUCAGGGGUGGUGGGGGUGGACAGGCUUGGCACCCAGGAGGCACGUGGGGCGCGCUGGACCGUCCAGACACCCUGCUUGCUUAUGAGGCUCUGAUCUGCUCAGGGCUGGCUGCGCAGGGCCCCAGCCACCCAACCGGCGGCCCCUGUGGCUCAGCUGCCCUGGGAUCCCAGCUGAGGGGCGCUGUUCUGGGCAUGGAACUCCGGCUGGGGCAGGUCUGAGUCCGUCCAAGGCCCUGCUUCUGAGUGAGAUGCGGCUUCACGUCUGUCUCUGUCUUGUGUGUGUCUCUCCGAGUCUCCGUUCCAUGUCUUUGUGUGUUUCUGCAUGUCCUUUGUGUCUGUUCUUGUGUGUUUGUCCCUGUGUCUCCAUGUGUCUGUCCCUGAGUCCCUGUGCGUCCUUGUGUGUGUGUGUGUGUGUGUGUGUGUCCGUCCACGUGUCUGAGUUCUCAUGUGCACCUCUAUCCCUGUGUCCAUGUGUUCGAGCCUGUCUCCGUCUGGGCUCUGUGGGUCCAAGCCUCUCUGUUGUUCAUCUCUAAGGGUGCACCCUGGUCCUUGCCUCUGUCCCCGUCCAGCCUGGGGCCCCCUCCUCCAUCCUGCACGGCCCCGCCCCCCUGGAGCCGCAGCCUGCUCCCCUCCCCCAGCUCCGUGCACCAGGCUGCUGCGUCUGGUCUGGCGUCUGAGAAGGAAAAGGAGCAGCUGCCACCGUGCGGCAGCCGCGGCGCCGUCCAGACCCAGAGCUGAGUCGGGCCGGCGCUCCCAGCCCUGCUCUGCCGCAGGCCGAGGGUUAGGGCCUCCGGGGUCCCAGCUCCCACGGAGGUCACCGAGGUACCGUGGGGCUUUGCGUGCAGGGCGGGGCAUGGAGUCCCUCUUCCCUGCCCCGUUCUGGGAAGUCCUCUACGGCGGCCACCUGCAGGGCAACCUGUCUCUCCUGAGCCCCAACCACAGCCUGCUGCCCCCGCACCUGAUGCUCAAUGCCAGCCACGGCGCCUUCCUGCCCCUCGGGCUCAAGGUCACCAUCGUGGGGCUCUACCUGGCUGUGUGCGUCGGGGGGCUGCUGGGGAACUGUCUCGUCAUGUAUGUCAUCCUCAGACACACCAAGAUGAAGACAGCUACCAACAUUUACAUCUUUAACUUGGCCCUGGCGGACACUCUGGUGCUGCUGACCCUGCCCUUCCAGGGCACAGAUGUCCUCCUGGGCUUCUGGCCAUUUGGGAACGCCCUGUGCAAGACGGUCAUCGCCAUUGACUAUUACAACAUGUUCACCAGCACCUUCACGCUGACUGCCAUGAGCGUGGACCGCUACAUAGCCAUCUGCCACCCCAUCCGUGCCCUUGACGUCCGGACAUCCAGCAAGGCCCAGGCUGUCAAUGUGGCCAUCUGGGCCCUGGCCUCUGUUGUCGGCGUUCCCGUUGCCAUCAUGGGCUCGGCACAGGUUGAGGAUGAAGAGAUUGAGUGCCUGGUGGAGAUCCCCACCCCGCAGGACUACUGGGGCCCCGUGUUUGCCAUCUGCAUCUUCCUCUUCUCCUUCAUCAUGCCUGUGCUCAUCAUCUCCGUCUGCUACAGCCUGAUGAUCCGGCGGCUGCGAGGCGUCCGCCUGCUCUCAGGCUCCCGCGAGAAGGACCGGAACCUGCGGCGCAUCACGCGUCUGGUGCUGGUGGUGGUGGCUGUGUUCGUGGGCUGCUGGACGCCCGUGCAGGUCUUCGUGCUGGUCCAGGGGCUGGGCGUGCAGCCGGGCAGUGAGACUGUGGUGGCCAUUCUGCGUUUCUGCACGGCCCUCGGCUACGUCAACAGCUGCCUCAACCCCAUCCUCUACGCCUUCCUGGACGAGAACUUCAAGGCCUGCUUCCGCAAGUUCUGCUGUGCGCCCACCCUGCGCCGGGAGAUGCAGGUGUCAGACCGCGUGCGCAGCAUCGCCAAGGAUGUGGCUCAUGCUCGCAAGACCUCUGAGAUGGUGCCACGGCCGGCAUGACUAGGCGUGGACCUGCCCAUGGUGCCUGUCAGCCCGCAGAGCCCAUCCACACCAAACACGGAGCUCACGCAGGUCACCGCUCUCUAGGCAGACGUGCAGCUGCGCAUCACCAGCCUCCACGGGCCACCCUGUGGCCUUGGAGGGUCUGGUGACAUCACGGGACGGGUCAGAGCAUUAGGGCUGCCCUCCUAGUGGAGGGCGGGGAGGGGGUGCAGGACUCACUGGUGAGCAUGCCCGGCACUGCCAAGCUUCAUGGACCGUCCUGGCCUCUCCCCUGCUGCAUCCGUCUCCGGGUGGGCACACAGCCGGAAGCGUGACAGCGGCUGUACAGUCCCACGUGCCCUCGUGCUGUGUGCUGUCUGCAUGGACCCUUGCAGUGUCUCCUCUGGGCAGCUGGAUGGGCCUGGCGCCGCCUGGAGAGUCCAGUGGGCAUCCCUGGGCAGUGGGACUCGCCCUGAGAGUGGAACUCCUUAGGAGGCUUCUCAGCAAGCCUGUUCCCUCCAGGACACGUGAACUGUUGCGCCGCAGACGUGGCCGUUCAGGUUUGCGAGGCGGUCAGGAGGACCGCCGCAGGCCACCCUGUCAUUUGUGAAGCAGCCCCACGUGCCUGGCCUCAGCUGUGGGGUGGGGAGGGCUCUGUGGUGCUCUGUCUGGGUUGCCUGGGCCCCCCUCGGGCUGUCCCUCGAAGCCCUCCUUUCAGACUCCAUCAGAGGUCAGCGGCUGUGCAGCUGUCAGGACCGUGUGUCCUGCUUGGGUCCUGGUGGCCUUGGAAGGAUGCCAGCUGGGACAGGUUCGGCCCUGCACCCCCAGUGACUGAUGCCCUGCUUCAUUUCAAGCCCCCAGUUAUCUGUGGGGGAAGCCUGAGCUUCCCAGUCAGAGGCGGCUUCGUAUGCAGAGUUGGAAGGAGAGCUGGGGCUGGCAGACCUGCUUGAGGGAGGCUGCAAGGACCAUCUGAGCCGUGGGGACCCUGCCCGCUGUGACCAUCCAGAGAAGUACCCUCCCAGUUUGCAGAUGGAGGCUGCAGCUCGGUGACUUGGCCAGCGUUCUCCCUGCAGACAAGCUGCUGAAACAUCUGCAGUGGUAGAGCUGCCUCUACCUGCUAGCUGGCCAGGUGAGCUGAGGCACCUGGAAAGAGGAGGAGGUGCUGACUCUGGACUGGCCUCUCCUGCUUUGGGGACCCUGGCCUUGUGUGGUCGUCCUUGGGGAGGAUGGGGCUCUGUCCAUGCUGCCAGCAGCGGGAGGCUCUGAGGACCGGAGCCACUAUGGCUGCAGCAUUUUUGUGCCAAGGCUGAAAGACAUGUGCAUUUGUGGUGGUGUAACAUGUGUCUCCAUGUAUCUAUGCAUGUGGACAGUGUGAUUUCCCCUGCACGUAACCAGCCCUGAACUGUCUCCAGGGGCCGUGACGGAGGGUCAGAAUAACCCCCUGCACGCUGGUCAGGGCGCUCUGCUUGCAACAGGUGUUUCUGACUCUUUGGGGGGCCGUUGGGGUAAAUUCUCUGGGAUUAGCACGUGGGGUGUAGGUAGAUCCGUCCUCCAACCUGCCCUGUGCUCUCCACCUGGCUCUGUGCUUGGCAGACUGUCCCACUGUGGGAAGGGGUCGACUAGUUCAUGACGUGCCGGGGGCCUGUCUUCUUUGCUUCAGCACAAAGUUUCUCCCCAAACAAUCAAGCACUGCA